AUGGAGAAUUCUUCAGAUGAAAUAAUUUUUGUACUCAGUGGUCUCAAUGAUACCAGGACAAACAAGAAGAUAUUUUUUGCCUUUACUCUUCUCAUCUAUCUUUUAACUCUAUUUAUAAAUUUGACUCUGAUUGUGACUAUUUUACUGGUAAAACUUCUUCAUGAGCCCAUGCACAUUUUCCUGUGUAAUCUCUGUAUAAAUGGAAUUUGUGGUGCCACGGGAUUCUAUCCUAAGUUUCUAAUUGACCUCUUAGCAGACUUUCACACCGUGUCAUACACUGCAUGUUUAACCCAGAUAUUAGUAAUUUACCUGUAUGUGCUUUUUGAACUCACCAAUCUUACAGUAAUGGCUUACGACAGGUAUGUUGCCAUAUGCAGGCCCUUGGAAUAUCAUUCCAUUAUGACACCUCAGAAGAUCUGCAAAUUGUUACUAAUUAUAUGGCUCUUCCCCUUCUGUGAGGCAAGUAUUGGCCUUAUUUUGACAGCUAGACUACCUCUGUGUGGGACCAGCAUCGAUAAGCUUUACUGCACCAACUGGGAGGUAGUAAGACUGUCCUGUAUAGAUACAACUUUGAAUAAUUUAUAUGGAUACAUUAUCACAUGUUUCCAUACUGCUCAAACAAUAGUGAUUGUCAUCUCUUACAUCUACAUUAUACAGACAUGUGCAAGAUCACUUGAAGAGCAGAGUAAAUUCAUGGAGACCUGCCUGCCACAUUUGAUCACACUGAUCAACUUCAUUCUCUCUGUUGUUUUUGAUGUCAUGUUCGCACGUUAUGGGUCCAAGUCCGCCCUGCACGCUCUCCGUAACAUCCUCUCUGUGGAGUACCUCAUUGUUCCCCCUCUCCUAAAUCCUCUCAUUUACGGCCUGAAACUGAAACGGAUACGUCGGAGUUUGCGGAGAAUAUGCAGCAGCAAUUCAGUGCGUUAA